UAAGCAAGGUCCAGUAGCAUGCAUUUCAUCCAAGCUUAACGAGGGGCACCUUUUUUUAUUUCUUCUUUCUUACAAACCAUUCAGACUUUUUAACAUAACGGUGUAUAGUUGCCUGGUGACGUCAGCGUCCCACCAAAGAGUCUCCCUUUUUCUUGUCUUGUUUUCUGGACUGGAGCAGCAGGCUGUGGAAAGAAAUCACACAGGAUGCCUUUCACUCUCAGCUCGCACUGCUCUAAACACUGCCCAAACUUUCUGUGCAGAUGGCUCGACCAAAUGUGAAAGAUGUUUCGAGGAGCAGCGGUGUUAUUAAAGAGAGCCGAGGAUGGAAACGUGGACUCCGGAGCUGAAACCGCUGAAUCUGACUGCAGCAGGAUGUCAUCAUCUAGCAUUGAGCUCAUGACCAGUCGGGUCAGGCAGCAGCGGCAGCAACAGCUCCUGCUAAUGAACUUGCAUCUACUGGCCAACCCUGGCGACUCACUGCUGCUGCAGCACACCCUGGAUCGCCUCCUCCGUUGGCUCUGCCCAAGCCUCCGCAUCUUCCAUGUGUCAGAGAGGGCCUCCCCAUUCAGAAGUUACACCCGCCUCUGUCCUGUGACAGGCUACCCUUCUGUGGCCAUCACCUUCUUCCUCCAUGAGGCCUAUGGAGAGGCGCGAAUCCUCAAAGUGCUGGACUUUUUUCAGCGUCCGCCCUGGCAGUACCACCACACCGAGACCUGCGGCAGCAGAACUGGAGGGAUCCACAUCACCUCCAGCAGCUCCCCCGCCAAUGUAAUGCUGCGGCCCUACCUCCUACCCAGCAGAGACUUCUAUAGUUUGGGUGCAGGCAUGCCUGUGUGGGGGGUUCGGCCAGUCCACUGCGGAGGAGAAAUUCUGCGUGUGACACUGUACAGUGGAUAUGACAACUACGAGGAUGCUGUGCGGCUCUAUGAGACGGUGCUGCAGCGACAAGCAGAGGAGCAGAAGACGGGCUUCUGCUGGUUCACUCUCCACACAGAGCCCGGGCUGUGCCUGCAGCUGGCUUUAAAACAGUUGUCACCAGGGGUUCGGGUGGAGCCAUGUAGCUCUACCGUGCUGCAGUUUAGUGUGGAAGAAAUUGGCCAGCUCGUCCCUCUGUUGCCCAACCCCUGUAGCCCCAUCAGCACUACACGCUGGCAGACAGAAGACCUGGAUGGCAACAAGAUUCUCUUCCAGGUGAAAACCCCGGCUCAACCACAGCGACCUCUGACCUGUGCUUUCCCCCUGACCUGCCCCAGCGUGUCCCCCCGAGGAAUACAGCUCAGGAGCUCAGCACAGGGCCACAGCCUAUCGCCAUGCAGCCUCUUAUCACCUCUGCCCUGGCAAACACACAGGCAGGCAGGCCACAGACCACGCAGUGACCCUGUCCUGGAGAAACUUCAUGGAGGACUAUGUGGAGCAGAGAGCCAGGGAUCAGGAAGCAGCUGUAGCACUCCACCAAGCAGCUCCUGUUACUCAUCGCAGCGCAGCAGCCCUGCACUGCUCUCAAUCACCAAUCACCCCGACUCUCCUCUGCGCCCCUCCAUCACCCGUUCUCUCUCCCAUCUCCUUUUGGAAGAAGAGGAGGAAGAGCCAGAGACCAAUGUAGACACAGGAGUCCCUGUCUCACUGCACUCUGACACAGCAGUCAAAAUUGUUCGCUCUUCCUCCAUGGACCUUUUGAUGACUCUCCGUCCUGAAAGACCUGCAGCUGUUGGUGCUUCAGCAGUUGAGGGUCUGGCUAAGGAGCUGAUUGAAUGUCUGCCACAGACACGCACGCCCCCUCAGGUCGCCUCCAGGACAUGGGACUCCGCUGGAUAUACAGAUGCAGCCAGAAAGGGCUGUGGCAGCAGGACGGUGGCAGCAGGACAAAGCCCCUCCAAAGGGCCCUUUGUGGAGAACAGGACUACUGCUGAGCUACUGUCAGCUCACACAAACAAUGAAGAGCCAGUGGAUGAGUUCUUCAUCUAAAUUCCUGCUAUUAUGCCAGAUGCUGUGUUAAUAAUCACAUUCACAGUCAAUUAAAAACAUAACACAUGGAGGACUGCAACAAAGGCUGAACAACAUCAGAAACUCUUUAAAGAGGAUCUGAAGUUAUGCAGGUGGACAGAGCUGUGUAGUCUGGCCAAAAAAGACGUUCUCUGGAAUACAGAAGAAACCAAAGUUCAGCUGCAGGCGACACUUUCUACUCAGAAGUGACUUAAAAGUUUUAAAAUGGUUUGUCCUAUAAAUCUUUACAAAGUAUGGUACAGUUGUUCAAAUCCAACUCUAACAGAGUUGCUAAGAGAGAAGUAUAAGGUGAGUGAUAUUUAAAAACAAUGCAGGUACUCUUGAAUGUCUAAAUGACUUCUAUGCUUAGAUCCAACUAAUUAUUUGUGCAGCUAUUAUGGCAAAGUGUAGCCCUGUGAAUAGCAAAACAUUAAGGAAAUGCUCUGUACUCAGUGUUACUGUCAGGGUACUAAUGCCAGUCUUGGUUUCUUUCACAUUACUCAGCUAGGUGAGCUAAUGUUUUCAUUUUUGAUUGCCUUUGAAACAGACGAUCUCAGCGUGAAGGCGCUCUAAGAUGUUGCUGUUGAUCGUGAUUAGAGAUCUGAUUGCUCUCCAUAGUGCAGCACUGACAGUCUGUGUUACAGGCUUUACAUAGUAAAGUAUAGCCUAGUGCUUUAGACUAUUU